UGUCAAUUAAAUCAUUCAUUAAUUUAUCAUGGUAAAAGUAUAAAAGAGCGCGGCGGAGCUCAUCACAUGCAAUUUCUAAUAACUGCAUUGCUCGCAGGUAUUAUAUACUGUGCAAAUCCUAUAAGGUUUCAGACAAGCGACAUCAACGAGCAACAGCCGAUCACCAACGUUAUGGUGGAGUACCUCGUAGAUGGAAGGCAAAAAAAUGUGAUGGACUCGUGCAUCAAUAUGAGACAGAGCGAGGAAUCGCCAUACGAUACUAUUAUCGGCGGCUGCCGCUGUGAGACGUCAUUUGCGCCCUUAAGUUUGAUAGUGGUCAGGUUCUUCACAAAAACGGACGAUGAAGCCCUAGUCCCGGCUAACAACACGCUAUACACGGUAAUAUACAGCAAAGAACUGGAAAUUGUCCAGCCAGCUGACGAGACUGCCUCAAAUACACUUGUCUUCAGAAUUACCAAGGCCACGAAACGAUUUUGUAUAAAACUCAAGCAGUCGGUGUACCUCGGUGUUGAAACAACGGGCACAGGUGCUAAUACCACGCUUGAAAUCACCGCGCCAACACUUGAGACUCAGGCACCUGUGGUGUACGAACUCAACGAUCUUCAACCUCCCGCAACUAUUAGGAUUGGUACGAAUGAAGGCGGUGUAGAGGCGUACAGGCGAUUCCUAUGGAGCCGUGCAAAAUCGGCACUCGAGUGUUGCUUUGACCAUGCUAAGCUGAGAUGCACACCAGAGUUUAGGAAGCAGCUUCAAAAACUGCAAUUUUACCUGAAGUGCGGAAAGGAAAGGAGACGAUGGGCGCACAAAGUGAGCGGAUGCUUCAUGAGCUCGUGUGCUACAUCCAGAAAGCCAAGUCCGGUAUGCAGACCGACGCCGUGUUAUCCGCCCGCCCCUCAACCAUGCUAUCCGCCCUGCCCUCAACCAUGCUAUCCGCCCUGCCCUCAACCAUGCUAUCCGCCCUGCCCUCAACCAUGCUAUCCGCCCUGCCCUCAACCAUGCUAUCCGCCAGCACCUCAACCAUGCUACUACCCGCCAGCACCAAGUUCUUAUGAGUGCAGCAUGCAAACACUGGUUUUAAUUCAGUUCCUUGUGAGGUUAGGAGACAAUCUAGGACGUGUUAUAGAUAUAUGCCGGCAAGAACCUUCAUUCUUUACGGCAAUAAAUGUUGGUCCGUGCCCAACCACUCACCAGGAAUACAUCUGUCGUGUUGAUGAUAUGAUUCAAAGUACGUGCAAUGUCAGACCAUACCAUUACGCAGUACCGCCAGCUCCGAUAGGUAUAGUGUGCAAGAGCGGUGCCUACGCUAUUGAUUACCUCGUAGGUACGAACAAAAAUUUCAUGUUUGUGUGCCAACCGGCUGGGCCGCUUCAUCUCAAGAAGGCCAUGGAGAGAAUGAAGAGUAUGAAAAAGAUAACCAGGGACAGAAAGAAGAGAGUAAUAGAAGAUGAGGAAAGUUCUGAUGAGGAGGAAGAGGAUCAUAAGAAGAAGAAGAGCGUUUCUAGAGGAGUUAUUAUCGGAAUAUCGUGCUGUGGUGGUGUAUGCUUGGUUGCAGUGUUGUGCUAUGUUGGAUACACUCUUAUGUAAUUGAAUUGAAGUAAAUCCCUGUGUAGAACGUACAUGUUUUGUGUUUUGUUUUUGAUACUGUGACUUUAUUACAAUUCGUGUUGGUGUGGUUUACCGUUUAUGAUGGCAUAGGAUGUGAACAAACGCAUUGCUGCAGUUUUGGUUUCGUUUUGUGGAUCAGAUCUGUGGAGAUUCUCAUUUUAACCAAAAAGGUUUUAUCCGGUGUUAACACGGAUGAACAUGUCUUGGGUAUUAAAGUGUGUUUAGCUAAUUUAAUGUUUUAAACGAGUUAAUUGAGAGGUUUUUUGAUGGUUUAAGC